CAAGAAAUUAAAAUUCAAAGAGAUUUAUUUGGACGUAUGCUAGGAAUUUCAAUGGAUUACAAAGUAGAUAUUUCAAAAAUUUUAUCUUACCCAAUUACUUCAGUGCCAUUGUCCAUGUGCCAUUUGGAUGGAACUAUUUGUAAAACUGAUAAAUCUGCUUUGAUUAAAAGUUUAGAGAAAGAGGUCCAACAUGAGCAACCAGGUCAUAUUGAUGUUCUAAUCAUUGAUGGUUUUUUCUUGUUGCACGCAAUGAAAAUUGUUCCUUUGGAAAUAUUUCAAAAAAAAUGUUACAAAUGGUCACUCAAUUACAAGCAUCGAGAAUUGAUGUUAUCUUUGAUCAACGAUUAUGAACAUUCACAACGAUUUGAAUCUGCAAAAUUAGAGUUUACAAUAACUGGGCCUGAGCAAGUUCGACCAAGUGAUUUUGCGAAAGAAUUGAAAAAUUUGAAUUUUAAAGAAGCUCUUGUUGAUUUCUUCAUUUCACAUUGGGCUACUGAUGAAGCGGUGCCAUUUAUUCAAAAUAAAAUUAUAAACGUAAAUUUCAGACAAUGUCAUUCAUUUACUGUUAAUAGUUCUAAUCACGUUGUUUUAAGUGUAGAUGAAGAGUUGUCAUACCCAGAACAUGAGGAAGCACAUACUAAGAUAGUAUAUCAUACGUGUAACAUCAACUAUCAAGCAAAUAUAGUAAUCAGAAAUGUUGAUACUGAUAUUGCUGCUAUAAUGCUUGGAAACAUGCAUCAUCUUAAAAACGAUUCAUGUGUGUGGAUCCUUACAGGUACUGGAAAUAACUUAAGAUAUGUUAGCCUAACCAAAAUACACGCAGAGUUGGGAGAUUUUAUUUGUCGAAGCUUACCUGGGUUUCAUGCAAUCUCAAGAUGUGAUUACAAUCCUGCAUUUUUCAGGAAAGGAAAAUUAAAACCUUACAAAAUAUUGAAAAAACAUCAGGAGUACUAGAAAGCUUUCAUGAAGUUUUGUAACAAUAAAUUAAUUUAAGACAACGAUGAACAACGAAACGUUUUUAAUAUUGUCUGGAAAUUCUUAUGCAACAUAUACAAUGUCGGUAGUAUAAUUGAUGUUGAUGCUGCGCGCCUUCAAAUGUUCAUUGAUUCAUAUACGGUCUCUGAUGUGAACGGAGCUUUUGAUCGAAACAAAUUUCGGAAUUUCGACGCCAGCAAUCUACCACCAUGUAAAAGCGAACUGUUACAACAAUUUUUACGAGCAAAUUAUAUAUGUUGUAUUUGGAACAAUGCUCACCUAAAAUGUCCAACCAUAUAUAAGCCAGAAAAUAAUGGUUGGGUACAAGAAAAUAACCAAUACCAUUUUAAAUGUUUUAAAGGGGAUCAGCUACCAAAUUAUGUCAGUGAUUCGUUAGAAAUUAUAUCAGAAACUGACGAAGAAGGUGAUAUUGACAUCAAUCAAGAGGACUGGAGUAGUAGUGACGAAGAUUGUGAAAAUAUUGACGACAAAGAUGAAAAUUCUGAGCAUUACUAAAUCAUGUUUUGUAUACAAUAAUAUUUUUUUUAACUCUGUAAUAAUUAUAAGAAUAUUUUUUACUUUCUAUAUUAUGGCUAUGAAUAUAAUAAAAAUAU